AUGUUUCGUCUUGCGAGAACAACGCGUCUUCUGACGCCAAUUCACACCCGCCUCUCAUCGUCCUUCUCGCGCCCCGGCCCGCCCAAGCUGCCCUCUGCUGAGCAGGCCGAAUUCGAACGCCUCCAGAAAGAAGCCUCCGUUUCGUCCGCUUUCCAACCGGUCGACGGCGCCUCCGACACAACGACAUCAACCACUACAAACGAAGACUCCGGUAUCGAGAGCGGUGCUCUGUUCAAGGGCGCAAAGCCCGAGUUUGAAGGAGAUACGAACCCGCGCACCGGCGAGGUCGGCGGCCCCAAGAACGAACCGCUCCGAUGGGGUGGCGAGAGCGAUUGGAGCUACAAUGGCAAGGUUACCGACUUUUAA